ACACAUUGAUCUGAUGAUACUUCCAGCCAAUUACGUGCACAUGUAUGGCAUCGAAGUUCAACAACCACUUAAAAUGACGUAGCAUGCAAGUAUUCAUUGCACGAGAUACAUGAGUAUUUUUUAAAGGACAAAUCAUGUACUUCGCUCAAUAAGUUUUUAUCACGUUGAAUAAUUUUUCAAGGUCCGGCCAGUGGGAAUCGGUGCACCUGAACAAGGCGCAUGCAGAUGAUUAUUUUAACGGUGCAUUCAGUCAAAGAAGAAAUCGGGUGUCCAACGUCCAAGGGUUCGUACGCAAGCUCAUCAGCUGACUCCCAAGCCAAGUAUGUACACUACAGCCGUAUAAUAUAUAUCCUUUGGCCGUUUCGACCCUCAUUUCAUACCAACUUCUCUGCUCGUGUCUGAUCGAGCUGGCUUGCAAUGGCCCUCUCUCUGCAUCAUUUAUCCCUUUCCUCUAGAAUCUUGCAAUUUGGGCACUGCGUGCCUACUGAUGUUAAGAAUGUCCCUGCAGGAGCAGGUGUGCAUUUUGGCCAAACAUCUCAAAUCAAGAAGGGCUUGGUGAAAAGAGGAAAUCAGAAAAGGUGCGUCUUGAAUUUGAUAGGAAAACCAAGUGAUCCUUGCUUGUCACAGGCAAUUAAUGAGCUUCAUGAAAAUCACGAUGACGUUACUGAGAAGUUGCCGGAGAAGCAAUCGGUAGCGGAUGCGUGGAGAUAUAUACACGGAGAAGAUGAUUGGGCAGGACAGCUUGACCCAAUGGAUCCACUGCUCCGAACUGAGCUCAUCCGGUACGGCGAGAUGGCUCAAGCUUGUUACGAUGCUUUCGACUUUGAUCCCUUUUCCAAGUACUGUGGAACUUGCAGGUUUGAACGUCAUAAAUUCUUCCGGAGUUUGGGGAUGACGGAGCAUGGGUACGAGGUAACUCGGUAUAUCUAUGCUACGUCUAACAUUAAUCUCCCAAAUUUCUUCAAGAAAUCGAGGUGGCCUAAGGUUUGGAGCAAAAACGCUAAUUGGAUAGGAUACAUAGCCGUGUCAAACGCCGAAACAACAAAACGAUUAGGCCGUCGCGACAUAACUGUUGCCUGGAGGGGGACGGUGACGCGCCUAGAAUGGAUAGCAGAUAUGAUGGACUUCCUAAAACCAAUCUCUGCAGAUAAGAUUCCCUGCCCUGAUCCAGGGGUUAAAGUGGAAUCAGGCUUUGUGGAUCUCUAUACUGACAAGGACGAAAGCUGUCGAUUUUGCAGGUAUUCAGCUAGAGAACAAAUUCUGGGCGAGCUAAAGAGGCUGGUGAAUAUGCACCGCAACGAGGAAAUAAGCAUGACAAUUACAGGCCACAGCUUGGGCAGCGCACUGGCGGUGUUGAGUGCAUAUGAUAUUGCUGAGACGGGCGUACAUGUAAGGGAGGAUAGCAGCGCAAUCCCUGUAUGCGUGUUUUCGUUCUCAGGGCCCAGAGUUGGGAAUGUGAGGUUCAAGGAGAGACUUGAACUGCUGGGGGUGAAGGUGCUGAGGGUGGUAAAUGUUCAUGAUCUGGUGCCUAAAUCGCCUGGAAUUUUUUUCAACGAAAAGGUGCCGGCAAUGGUGAUGAAAUUGGCCCAAGGCCUGCCUUGGAGUUACUCCCACGUGGGGGUGGAGCUGGCCUUGGAUCAUAAGAACUCGCCAUUCCUGAAACCAAAUGCUGACCCUGGCUGUGCUCACAACCUCGAAGCUCACCUGCAUCUACUCGACGGAUACCAUGGAAAAGGGCAUAGAUUUGUGCUGGCAACCGGAAGAGAUCCUGCACUGGUGAACAAAGACUGCGACUUCUUGAAGGAUCAUCACCGCAUUCCGCCGCACUGGAGGCAGAAUGAGAAUAAAGGGAUGGUGAAGAACAAAGACGGGAGAUGGGUGCAGCCUGAUCGCCCCAAACUCUAUGAUCACUCCGAUUCUGAACACGAUAACAGCAAACAACAUCAUCGCCUAAUUUCUGCUUCCUGAUUCCUUCUUUUUCUUUUGUCAGAUGUUACUGCGCCCACACGGUUGGCUGUAUAGCACCAAAGGGAGUUCAAUUAUUUUAUUUUUGAGGAAAUUAAAAUAUGUUAUCCUCGUCGUCACAACAAGAUUAACUUUGAAAUCCCACAUGGGGUUUCUCUAAACAGUCAGAUUUGUUUGGACAAAGAAAGUUUGCAAGAUUUAUUUCAGAUUUUGUUUUGCUUACAUCACA